AUGACAGAAGAAAUCCGCUCUUUGAAUUCCACCACUACUUCAUACGAUUGUGAAGCUCAGAGUCAAAGCAUUGAAGUUACCAUAGGUCAGUCUCAAGGGUGUUCUUCAGUGGAUCGAUGGACAGAUAAUAGAAAUAGUUUACCAGGGCAUAAAGCGUUUCAGAAGAUGUUUUGCAACAUGUUCACUACUCCUAAGUUUAUCGAAUGGUUGAAACAUGAAUGGCUGUACUCAGGCAUAGACACGGAGAUAUUUUUAAGACUUAAUGAUUUUCAAUUGAUAUUGCGUCAACAUUUGCCUACUUUAAAGACCCGAAGUUUGACUCGAGCUCAGUGGUCUAUUAUUCGACGACUUAUAGGUAAACCACGUAGGUUCAGUCCCACAUUCCUUUCUGAGGAACGCCAUACCGUGCAAGAAAAACGUAAAAAUAUGCAAUAUAUACAACACCUCAUUUUAACAAGUUCUCUCGGGCCAAUUGCAUAUGAACAUUUAGACAACCUUCUUAUGUGUUUACCGUCAACAACACAUAUUCCUCUUCGACUACCGGUUGGUACCAAAGUAUGUGUUAGUUUUUGCACUCCAUUUCAUGGCUUGUAUCUUGGAGUAAUUCAUGAUUCUUGCUCAAGAGAUGGACAUUAUGGUGUGUGGAUCGAAGAAUUAAUCGUAUCAACUGACUCCUUGGGAAUGAAACCUUCUAGCUACUAUGGGUUUCGACUUGUUCCCGAAGAAGAUGUAUUCACUCUACCGAAUCAACCAAUUUCACCCCCUGUAACUAUUUCAGAUGUUCGUUCUUAUUUCAAAGAAAAUGUCAUAAGCAAUGGUAUCUCAGUUUUUUCGUCUGACACCACAAAUGCUAAUAAUAAUGGAACUGUUGAUAUAUCAAAUAAUCAUCAUCAUGACUAUGUCAAUCAGCCUUCAUCUAUUGGUAUUGGUGGACCUUUAUUAAAUGGAAGUGUAUGCGAGACAGAAUGUCAUACGCAAGUUAACAAUUCAACAGAAAAUAUUUUAAUAUCACAGUCUAAAUAUAACAAUCCUGUGACAGUGCCACACUAUGCUGAACAGCCAGGUAUUUCAAACAGUUUUGAUCCUCAGACUCAUACAAAUUUUCUCAUCACCUUAGUUAAAGUACACAAGAUUUUGGAUUGUAAACGAUCAUCUGUAGAUAUGCUAAGACAAAUGAAUAAUACUGCUGAAGUCAAGAUCGCAGAGAAUCGAAAUAAUAUCACUGUACAAUUUCAGCACACUUAUGCCACGUUAAUUUUGCAUUUAGAUAAGCUAAAUCAAGAAUUAAAACACUUCAUGGAUGAAUUAUUAGUAUAUAUAUCUUAUAUGGCACAAGAACACAAUAUGAUGGAUUUAACCUCGAUUACUGACUGGAGGCGUCGUUGUGCUGAUGAAGCUCAAGAAAUAAUCUGUCGAAUGCAUAGAUUUGAGAGGCCAAGACUUUUCAAUAAUGAAAAGUCAUUGUAUAUUGCAGAGAAACUUGUUACACUACUUGUACUUCUCUACUAUUUAUCCGACGAAGACUAUAUGAAUUAUGUUCCAGUAUAUAUUGGUGAUAUAUUGAAAGAAUUAAAACACUGUAUUGAUCCGAGUAAUUUUGAAUGCCUGGAAAGUUGUGUCAAGCAACAGAUCGAACUGGUAUUAAGUAGUGUUGGAUGUACAAAUUUUGCUUAUUCAUCAUAA